AUGUCGUGGGGGUCCACGUUGUGGAGCAUCAAGGUGUCAUGGCAGCCGCCGCCGCGUGGCGCCCAGAACGGCCUCAUCUCCGCCUACAAGAUCAGGUACCGGAAGACCGGUCGCCGUGGAGACCAGGAGGCCAUCGAACCCAACAACUUCUGGUUCCUGUUCACAGGUCUAGAGAAGGGCAGUCAAUAUAGUUUCCAGGUAGCAGCCAUGACAACCAAUGGAACCGGUCCAGCCAGUGACUGGUACAACGCUGAGACGCCGGAGAACGACCUGGAUGAGAGCCAGGUGCCGGACCAGCCCAGCUCGCUGCACGUCAGGCCGCUGCCCAACAGCAUCAUCAUGUCCUGGACUCCGCCCCUCAGCCCCAACAUCCUGGUCCGGGGCUACAUCAUCGGCUACGGCGUGGGCAGCCCCUACGCCGAGACGGUCCGCGUGGACAGCAAGCAGAGAUACUUCUCCAUCGAGAGCCUGGAGCCGAGCUCCCACUAUGUGAUUUCCCUGAAGGCGUUCAAUAACGCCGGUGAGGGCGUCCCGCUGUACGAGAGCGCGGUGACUCGAUCCCUGACAGACCCCAUAGACCCCUCUGAGGGGGACCUCUUCCACCUCUUUGAUAAGUACCCCACUCCCAUGCCAGAUGCCAGCACCCCCAUGAUCCCCCCGGUGGGGGUCCAAGCCGUGGCUCUGUCCUCGGACUCGGUCCGCGUCACCUGGGCCGACAACGCCGUGACCAAGAACCAGAAGGCCUCCGAGGUCCGCUACUACUCCGUCAAGUGGAAGACGAGCUACUCCACCAGCGGCAAGUACAAGUCUGCAGACACCACGGCGCUCAGCCACACCGUCUCCAGCCUGAAGCCCAACACCAUGUACGAGUUCGCUGUCAUGGUAACCAAAGGACGCAAGUCCAGCACCUGGAGCAUGACGGCCCACGCCAACACCUACGAAGCAGCUCCUAGCUCCGCCCCCAAAGACUUGACGGUGAUCAGCCGUGAGGGACGACCCCGCUCCAUUUUGAUCAGCUGGCAACCGCCGAUGGAGUCCAACGGGCGAAUCACAGGCUUCAUCGUGUACUACACGCUGGAGAAGAACACGCCCAUCGACGACUGGGUGAUGGAGGCCAUCAGCGGGGAGCGGCUCACCCACCAGCUGCUGGACCUGGACCUGGACACGCUCUACCACUUCAGGAUGCAGGCCAAGAACGCCAAGGGGGUCGGCCCGCUGUCGGAGCCCGUCCACUUCCGCACCGCCAAGGUGGAACAUCCAGACAAGAUGGCCAACGAUCAGGGUCGAGGGGGAGACCACGCCUACUGGCCGUCUGACGCCAACCCUGUUGACCGGAGCAGCAUCAACGAGUCUCCCAUUGGUCAGAUGCGCCCCCCCCACGGCAGCGCCACGCCCCAGAAGAACAGCAACCUGCUGGUGGUCGUCGUGGUGUCUGUGGGCGCCGUCUCCGUGGUCGUGGUCGUCAUCGUGGCGCUCAUCUGCACGCGGCGCUCCUCGGCGCAGCAGAGGAAGAAGCGAGCGAGCCACAGCGCCGGUCAGCGUAAGGGCAGCCAGAAGGAGCUCCGCCCCCCCGACCUGUGGAUCCACCACGAGGAGAUGGAGAUGAAGAACCUGGACAAGCCGGCGGGCGCGGCGCCGCCCGGCCUCGACUCGCCGCCGCAGUCCUGCCAGGACCUCCCCCAGGUGGCCCGCAGCCAAUCAGAGAGCCAGAUGGGCAGCAAGAGCCACUCAGGAGCCGACGGAGACGAGGCCUCCAGCGCCAUCUCCACCCUGGAGCGCUCCAUGGCCGCCAGGAGGCGGGGCAAGAUGAUGAUCCCCAUGGACCCGCCCGGCAACACACCCGUGGUCAGUGCCAUCCCGGUCCCGGUCUUGGACUCGUCUCAGUACUCGUCUCUCCUGCCGUCUCCGCCUGGCUUUAGCCACGCCCCCUUCAGCUUGAGGCCGAUGGCGUUCCCCGGCCUCACGGCGGAGCGCGGCUACAGCCCAGCGACGCCUCCAGACUCCUCCCUCCUCCCUCUCCUCCAGCAGCAGCCCCUCCCCCAGCAGGCGGCCCCGGUCCUCCCGGGGUCCUCGGUUCCCCCUGUGGCCCCGGGCCCCGGCCCCCCCGAGGAGGCCCCGGCCGGCCGCUCCCUCCCCACGGCGUGCGUCCGGCCUUCCCACCCGCUGAGGAGCUUCACCAGCCCGCUGCUGCCGCCGCCCAUGAGCAGCAUCGACCCCAAGGUCUACACCGCCAUGAUGGCCCCGCCCCCUGCCAGCCUCGUGAAGACGGCCUCUCUGGGCCAGGCCGAGAAGGCCCGGUCCCCCCUGCUGCCGGUCUCGGUCCCCACGGCGCCGGACUUACUGGAAGAGGGAGGAGCCAAACCUGCAGAGGAUUCGGCCGCCAACGUGUAUGAGCAGGACGACCUCUCGGAGCAGAUGGCCAGUCUGGAAGGGCUGAUGAAGCAGCUCAACGCCAUCACCGGCUCCGCCUUCUAACCCGUGACUCCGCCCCCCGGCCUGCCCUCCAGUGUGGAACCCGUCUUUAAGCCUCAACGCCCCCCGAGGUGGAUCUGGGUUUGAAGAGGAAUCGAACACCCGUGCUGGGUCGCUUUGGUUUCUGCUGGUCUUGGGCUCGUGUCGACGGGAUGAGGGUCUGAGGCCCUCGAGACCUCAACCACGAGAAACCAGAACCACCAGAGACCUUCAUGGCACCGAGGACCUGACCUCACCAAGACGGACAGAACCCGCCUCUUCUCUCCGCUGGCUUCCUACAGCUCAGUUACUGUGACCUCACCGGGUCCUCAUGGGCCCUCAUGGAUCCUCAUGGUCGGUGUGGAAGUUUUCCUUUGGUCUUUUUGGGGUAUUUGAACUCAGGAUCUUCUGGGUCCACCGGAACCUCCAGGACGGGACACGUGUCCCCGGCUCCUCUCCUCAGAACUGAAUCUGGAGGUUUAAGAAAAGGGAUAUAGACCCCUCUAUAGAACCCUCGACAGACCCUCUACAGACCCUCUACAGAACCCUCUACAGACCCCUCUACAGACCCUCUACAGAACCCUCUACAGACCCACUAUAGAACACUCUACAGACCCUCUAAUGAACCCUCUACAGACCCUCUAAUGAACCCUCUACAGACCCUCUACAGACCCCUCUACAGACCCACUAAUGAACCCUCUACAUACCCUCUACAGACCCCUCUACAGACCCUCUAAUGAACCCUCUACAGACCCUCUACAGACCCCUGGCCUUCACCAGCUCUGACCUUCACUACGAGGACUCGUGCCCAAAUGUUCCCCUUGGAGAACUUCUUGUGGACCUUCUUUAGUCGUCUGCUCCGGUGUUCAGGUCCUGGACCAGAACCGAGGAGGGCUUGGGAUGGGUCCUCCUUGAUUCAGGUGAGGGGGCGUGGCCAAAGGAUCAAGAACCGAGUCAUUACUUGUGUUGUUAGGAUUGUUAUUAACGAGAUUAGAGAUGUUAGUGGGAUGAUGAUGAUGAUGAUGAUCACGACGACGAAGACCUCUUCCGUUGUUCUCGGUGUGUGUGACUGCAGCCGGUUGAUGACCCGUGUGUGUGACCUCAGCGUGACCUCUGUCCUUCCCUUCAGGGCGUUAUGGUCCACGGUUUUAUUUUGUUUUUAUUUGUUUUAAAGAGAGAGAGGAAAAAAAUACAAGAACAAAAACACGCAAAUAAUGCAGAUAAUAAAAAUGAAUAAGUAUAUUUUUACAUUCGCCGUCCUGACCUCAUGUCCUAGAGGUCCAGUCUGACCUCAUGACCCAGAGGUCCAGUCUGACCUCAUGUCCCAGAGGUCCAGUCUGACCUCAUGACCCAGAGGUCCAGUCUGAGGUCCAGUCUGACCUCAUGUCCUAGAGGUCCAGUCUGAGGUCCAGUCUGACCUCAUGACCCAGAGGUCCAGUCUGACCUCAUGUCCCAGAGGUCCAGUCUGACCUCAUGUCCUAGAGGUCCAGUCUGAGGUCCAGUCUGACCUCAUGACCCAGAGGUCCAGUCUGACCUCAUGUCCUAGAGGUCCAGUCUGACCUCAUGACCCAGAGGUCCAGUCUGAGGUCCAGUCUGACCUCAUGUCCUAGAGGUCCAGUCUGAGGUCCAGUCUGACCUCUGCACCAUGAGGUCAUCUCCUCUCUCCUUUAAAGCCGAUGUGUGGAGGUCUUUUGGGGAGACAAAUGAUUCAUUAAGCGUCUGAGGGGAGGAGGAGAAGCCUCAGUGUGUGUGUGUGUGUGUGUGUGUGUGUGUGUGUGUGUGUGUGUGUGUGUGUGUGUGUGCGCGCGCGCAAAGGAAUGAACCCAAAUCCGAUUCAGAGGAAGAAGAUGUGAUUUCAACUUUUCCAUAAUAGAGUUGAAUGGUGGUUCCCCACAGACAGAGGCUCCUCACUUUCCUCAGAGGCUCCUCCCCCCCCACAGAGGCUCCUCCCUUUCCUCAGAGGCUCCACCCCCCCACACUGAGGCUCCACCCACCCCUCCCACACAAGGCUCCUCCCCCUCUCUACAUUACAGCAGAACAUUACAGAAAGCUGCUUUUUUUACAGUGUACAGUC